AUGGAUACGUUGUUGAGAAAAGAGAGAAGACCAAAAGUGUAUGAUAAUCAUUACGACUGGUCCAAGCUUUUUCCUGACCUUUUGCGAAAGAUGAUCGAAAGCUUGAGCUCUAUUGAUUAUCACCGAGCAAAAACUGUUUGCUCAUAUUGGUAUUGUGUUUGGAAAACAUGCGUGAAGCGGCCUCAGUAUCCAUGGCAGGUCAUAUACUAUGGCGAUGAUGAUUCUUUGAGUUUGUUCGAUCCCAGAGAAAACAAUAUCUACAACAAAAGACUCCUGGGACUCUCUGACAAUAGCCAUUAUAUGGCUAGCUCCGGAAACUGGCUCUUGAUGGCAGAUUCUCAUCUCAAUUUCUACUUUUUUAACCUGUUAACGGCGAAAAAGAUUAACCUUCCGUCAAUGGAUUCGCCAAUUGGCGGUGGACAAAUGAGAUCAGACUGUAGUAACAACAAGUGGGGAUAUUUCUUCCAGCAUGGUCUUGCUUGUCAAGUGUUGAAAUUCGACAUAUGCGGAAGUAAAAGAUCAGCUGUUGUUUGGAUAGACGAGAGGACAGAGGAUUACUUCGUUGCUUGGAUUCUCAAGAACCGUUAUCUGUUCACACACAAGAAAGGAGAUGAUUCUUGGUGCAACCAGAGUUAUAAUAAUUGGAUUACUACCGAGGGUGGUUUAUAUGAUUUGGCUUAUAAGAACGGCAAGCUUUAUUUGUAUACUUACCAUGAUAACAUCAAGAUUAUUGAUUUCUCCGGAGAUUCACCAAAAGAAGAGAUGGAAAACAACCCUUACCGGGAUCAUCCGUUUCCAGACUACUACCAACUCGUUUGGGGAAACGGAUACCUUUGCAACAGGAGAAUUGCGAUUCAGAAGUCAGGAGAGGUUUUGAUCAUAUGGAGUUGUCAAAAUUUCGAAUAUAGAGAUCCGAGAAAUCUUUUUUACAUCUUUAAGUUGAAUCUUGAGAGUAACGAAUGGGAAAGAGUCUACUCUAUUGGAGAUGAUGAGAUGUUGAUCUUUGGUCAUGGGGUUACAAUUAAAGCACCUGUUCAAGAUGUUGGUGAUGGAAUCAAGAGUGGUUCAAUCUGUUUCGUUCAUGAUGACACUAUACCAGGAUAUGAGUAUCCUUCAAAAUGUGGUGUCCUUGAUAUUUUCACUGGUCAAAUCACAGGAUAUAGUUAUCCUUCAAAUUGUGGUGUCUUCGAUCUUGCCACAGGUAAGAUCACUUGGACUAAGAUAAUCAGUUUUAAAAGUCACUGGUUUGUGCCAAGAUUUGCUUAG